AUGAACCAAGUCAUCAACUUCUACAGGAGAGCAGGCAAGAGGACUUCCAGAGCGCUCGAGUCAUUGUCACAUGGGCCUAUUUUCAAGGGUGUAACUCCUCCAAUCACGCAGACUCCAGGAAGAGCCCAGUAUUACUACCCCGAAACAGUCCACUUGGUUCCAGACAGCGUAUUAUACAAAGUCAGGAUGCCUCUCAAGAUUGCUUCAAUGGAAGACUCUAAGGAGUACGAAGAUGCUGUCCAGAAGAAGACUCUUGAAUACUUAAAAACAAAAUUUGCUUAUAAUCUGUUUGAUCCUGAAAGAGGAUUCCACUUAGACAUGACCAUUGGAGAACUUAGACAACUCGGAAACGCCAGCGAAAGCAAUUUCAAGCAGGCCGCUUCAGGAAGCCUCCAGGAAAUUAUUGACUCUGAAAGAACUCUUAGAGACCAAAUUGAUUCUCUGGUUACCGAAAUCGAAGACACUUUGGAAGAUGUCGAAGAUAAGAUUGAAGCCUAUGAAAGAGCUACUCACAAAAUGAGCCACGCUGCUAAACUAUCGCACAGCAGGAUCACUGAUUUUGUUCCAUUCCUUGGGGGAGACUCCCUCACUACUAAUGUAAUGGAUGCAUUAGCAGAAGACCCAAAUAACAAAGAAGCUGCAGCAAUUGGACAGAGACUCUAUGCCAUUACUCAUGCUAGACACUUGGUAGCUCGCAUCAGACUUGACCUUGUAAACUGUUGGAAUGAGCAUCAUGCAAAUGAAACAUUUGAUAAAUUCAACUACGAGCAUGUUAGCCGAUCCCAUGAUAAAUCAUUAAAAGAGCUUAAUGAGCUCCCAGACUCAUGGAAAGGAACAACCACUAGCUUUGGAGAGACCUUAGCAGCAGUUGCACAAGACAAAGUUCCUGAAUACCUUGACCUCAGCACCAAGUACGAGAGAUCAAGCAGUUCUAAGGACCACUUCUUCUCCACAUUUACUCAUGAUGAUGUGUAUGACCAGACUCCUGAACAGUUCAAGCAAGAUCUCCUGGCUUACUUGUCUGCAAACAUCAUUGUCAAGGAGCACAGAGUGCGGUACCAGGCUGAGCAGUAUGAUAGAUACAUGACUGCUUCAAGAUGGCUUCCAGUCCACGAGCAUAUGACUCUUAAAGAGUUCACAGAGAGAUAUGCUGAACACUUGAGAAGAGAAAUCGAAGUCUCAUACGAUUACGUGAGUCCAAAGAUCCCUGCCAACUACGAUGACUAUCUAGAGAGAAAAGGAAGACCAAUUAACAGCACUGUCUAUUACUAUUUCUUCAAUGCUAACAGGAUAAGAAGAAGGUUUGUUCAGGCUAUCCUAUCCACUGGAAGAUAA